AAAGAGAAAGAGAAAGAGAGAGAGGCGGAGACGGUAACUGAGGCUGACGAUUCCCACAAAAAUAAAAAUCGACGGGCAUCUUUGGCUAAUUUCAAGGACGAGGAUGCGAUUCACACGAUUAACCCCCCCUACCCCCUCUCUCCCCCAGGUGUUCUGGUUCACGAGCUUCCGGCGCCCCCCCGAGUGCGUGCCCGACCCCUGCAAGGGACUCAACCUCAAGCGGGGCCCCAGCGACCUGCCCUUCGCCCCCUCCCUGCACGACGGCAAGUGCUACCAGAUCGGCUCGCGGCCGCCCUUCUGCCAGAGCGACGAACUCUACUCGCUGUCGUUCGAGCUCCUGCGCGGCGUGUGCUCGACGCUCGACGACGCCGGCUACCAGCUGCUCGACGCCGACACGCUCGACUUCCUGGCCAGCGUCUACGGGUCCCCGCUGCCCCGCGACGCGCCCUCCAAGGACCCCAAGGACUCCCGCGCCAAGCCCUCGUCCUCGUCGUCCUCGUCCCGCCGCCGCCCCUCCUCCUCCUCGUCCUCGUCCCGUAAGGGCGUGAAGGCCAAGAUCACGCCCGCCGGCACGACGCUGCUGGUGCGCCCCGCCAUCGGCUCCUCCGUCAUGAAGGCGGCGGCCAACGUGAGCUUCCCGCCGCCCUUCAUCAUGGGCCAGUCGGUCGUGGCCAACCACCACGACGACGCCGACGACGACGCCCUCGAGGACGCCCACGCCAUGGUCGCGCUUCUGCCCACGCACAUGAACGCCUUCUCGCCGCCGCUCAUCGCCGUCAACGGCUCCGUGUCCGUCCUCGGCUUCCUCAGCAACCUGGUGCCGGGCGCGCCCCCCCUGCACCACCGGGGGCGCCGUUCCCCCCAGCCGUUCGCCUCCCCCGGCAACGUGUUCGAGCCCGGCCUCUCCGCGUGCCGUGCCGGUGCCAGGCGCGACGGCAACGCCAAGUGCCGUGACACGUGAGUUGACACUGAGUAAUGGCGUCUGAAGUGAUGAUACACUGCGUCCAGACUUGUAAGCGUGACUUUAUAUAUUACACAAUCCUCUCCAUGAGUAAAUCCUCUUCG